UCGGCAAGCAACCUGGUCCAAGGCCGAAACUACCGCGUAGUGGGGAAGAAACAUCCCUUUCCCCGUCCGUCCAGGCGCGUCACGCCACAUGGCCCCGGCCGCCUCCACCGUCGACGUCCUCGGCGACGACCUGCUGCAGGAGGUCUUCGUCCUGCUCCCGGGCCCCGCCGACCUCCUCCGCGCCGCGCUCGCCUGCCGCCCCUUCCUCCGCGCCGCCCGCAGCGCCGCCUUCCUCCGCCGCUUCCGCCGCCGCCACCCCUUCACCUGCCCGCUCCUCCUCGGCUGCCACCUCCACCUCCCCGGCGAGCGCCGCGGGAACAGCGCCCCUCACCUGCUUCCCGCUCCCCCCUCCGCCGCCACGCGCCGGGUCGCCGAGCGCGGCGACUUCGCCCUCUCCUUCAUCCCCCGCCGCGGCCGGCCGGGCGCCGCCGGCGCCGGCACCCCGUGGCAGCUCCUCGACUGCCGCAACGGUCGCCUCCUUCUGCGCAGCCGCUCGUCCCAGGAGCUCGCCGUCGCCGACCCGCUGGCCCGGCGGUGGGUCUCGCUCCCCGCGCUCCCCGGCGAUCACCCCGUGGGGUAUGCCCUCGUCCCCGACGACGGCGACUAUUCGGUGUUCCAGGCGGCCUGCAUUUCCCGAGUCGGCGACACCACGGAGCUGCGCGCCUUCCUCCUCUCCUCCGCCGAGCUUCGGUGGGCGGACGUGGGCGGCCUCGCGCAGCAGCCCAAUCUCGCGGCCUCCCGGGCGAUGCAAGCGAACCGGUCGCUGUACUGGAAGCUAGUGGGUGGACAGCACAUGCUGGCGCUCAACACGGCGACGACGGAGCUCGCCGUGCUGCCGCUCCCGCCUUUCCUGCGGGAGCUCAGUUUCGACGUCAUCGAGAAGGGGGAGGACGGCGCCGGUGGGCUCCAUGUGCUCACCAUGCGUGGCUUCUGCAUCGAGGUUUGGGUCGGCGAGGACGACGGCGCCGGUGGCCUGGCGUGGACGCUGGUGGACAAGUCGGUGAGGUUCCACAGGGCGAUUGCAGAGAUGAUUGGCUCGGAACACUUUUACCAUCUCACACUGGAUGUCAUCGGGGUGGCUGCGGGUGUUGUGUUCUUGCGCAAUGGCAGUUGUCUGUUCUGCAUUCAUCUUGAGACUAUGAAGAUGACGAAGCUCUCUGAGAACGAGAGUUGCCCGUCUGCACUGAUAUAUCCUUACACGAUAGCGUGGCCGCCAGCGAUCUUGAACCCUACUGAAGAAGGUGCUUGAUAAGGAAUGUGAAGCUACAUUCAGCUUAUGGUGAUUAGAUUCUGUGGCAGAGCUGAUGUUGGAAAAAGGAUGUCAUUUGAUCAUCCAUAUGAAUUCUUGAGACAUGAUAGCCGCAAACUUGCUCUAGUCGUGUUUACAGUUUUAGCUUGAUAUCAUGUAAUUAGUUGUGCUUGCAGUCUUAGUUGGUGUGUUAUGUUCUGCCAGCAUUAUGUGUAUGGUCACUCUAUUGCCUGAGAUUAUAAUUUCGGAAUAUAGUAUUUAGCAUGCUUUUGUGAA